UUAGUGUGUGCUCAAGCUAUCAUAAAGGACGACAGCCGACCCGAAACUGACUGUGUGAAGUUGAAAGUUCUAUCCGUGAGGCGGUGCAAAAAUCGUAAUUCGUCACGAAAACCGAGCAUUUUGGCCGUGAAAUAGGCGUCAUUCGAUUGCUACCAACAAAUCUCGUGCGAAAAACGGUGUGUGAAACGGUGAAAAAUGUGCGAACAACUGGCGAGACUGCACGGAUGUAACCUUUUUGUCAUCGGCGAGAAUGACAACCUCGUCAACAAAUAUGGCCACAACGUAGCAAUCGUGUGCGGCUAUGACCCGCAAGGGAUGAGUGUCCGGGUGUUUCGGGAAGGCAGUCAACAGCAGCUGGAAGAGUAUCCGGUCAACGCGAAAACGACCCAUCUCAACCAUGGCAUCACAUCACACAUUCUCAUCGUCGGGGGCGAAAUGGUCUACAUCCGAUUCGGUUCCAAGGCGGACUGUCAGUUGUUUCGGCAGCUGCUGCAAAAGAUGUCCGGCAAGGUCAACUCAGUAUUCAACCUCCGCACGGAGGAUUCAUCAGCAUCACAGUAUUUCCAGUUCUAUGGCUAUCUCUCGCAGCAGCAAAACAUGAUGCAGGAUUUCGUGCGAACGAGCACUUACCAGCGGGCUAUCUAUAGCAACUCACAGGACUUCCACAACAAGAUAGUGCUGGACGUGGGCGCGGGUUCCGGCAUCCUAUCGUUCUUCGCCGUGCAGGCAGGUGCAGCUAAAGUUUACGCCGUAGAAGCUAGCAAUAUGGCUCAGUACGCGCAGCAGUUGGUCCACUCGAACAACUUAGACGGCAAGAUCACCGUGAUUGCCGGCAAGAUCGAGGAGAUAGAACUGCCGGAGAUGGUCGACGUCAUUAUCUCGGAACCGAUGGGAUACAUGUUGUACAACGAACGCAUGCUGGAAACUUAUCUCCACGGCAAAAAGUGGCUUCGGCCGGAUGGGAAAAUGUUCCCUUCGCGGGGCGAUCUCCACGUGGCUCCCUUUACGGACGAGGCUCUCUACAUGGAGCAGUACAAUAAGGCCAACUUCUGGAUGCAAACCGAAUUCCAUGGGGUUAAUUUGGUGGCUUUGAGGGAUGCUGCCAUGAAGGAAUACUUCCGUCAGCCGAUCGUCGACACAUUUGAUAUUCGCAUUUGCAUGGCCAAGUCGAUAAGACACACCACGAACUUUUUGACCGCCGACGAGAAAGAUUUGCACCGCAUCCAGAUUGACGUUGAAUUCCACAUGCUGGAGACGGGAACCUGCCACGGAUUGGCAUUCUGGUUUGACGUGGAAUUUGCCGGUUCUUGCUCUCAGGUUUGGUUGUCCACAGCCCCGACGGAAUCGCUGACCCAUUGGUAUCAGGUCCGUUGCUUGUUGCAAACACCCAUCUUCGUUAAGCAAGGUCAAGUUCUGUCCGGUAAGGUAGUUUUGGCAGCUAAUCAAAGACAAAGCUAUGACGUGGAAAUCGACUUGAAAUUGGAAGGAACCAUGAUCACUUCCAGCAACACAUUAGAUCUUAAAAAUCCGUACUUCCGAUAUACUGGUGCUCCAGUGCCGGCUCCGCCCGGUUCCAGCACUACGUCGCCCAGUGAGGCAUACUGGGGACAACUGGAUGCUCAAGGGGCUCGAAAUGCAGUGAAUCUCGUAAAUGGAAUCACAGUGAAUGGCCUUGGCGAAGUAGACAUGACGAUGAUUAACACCAACUUGAUGCCGAUUGCAGGAAACCAACCGAACAUCCAUCCGGGACUCAUUUCCAGCACUGGCAGACAGCAAUCGCAACAGCAAACUACACCGGUCCAACAGCUGGCAAUGAAUCCAACGAUUGCAUGUGCGGCCACUUCAACGCAGAACGUGGCCCAACAGCAGCUAAUUGGUGGCGCUAUCUCUCCAUCCCUAUUCACGACACCCACGCAACAGAUCAUCAACAGUCACCAUGCACAGCCCAUCCAUGGUGCUCAAUUCUACUAAAGGAAAAGACAGCAAAGCAACGUUCUCUUCAAGGAAAGCAUUAUUAUUCGAGCACUGUAAAACUUACAAGACUCCAACAACUACACUUACACACACAUACACACAUACAAACUCAAGAAACGCUUUAUCAUCGCCGAAUAGGUUCUCACUGCGCUACUCUUAUAAUUAUUUAAUUGUAAAACCACUUUUACUGAGAUUGACCGAGCGGGGGCAUUCCGAAACCGGAAACAACCGCUGUCCGAAUAGAGUAUGUAUUACAAGGUAGUAAACUUUUAUUUUCAAAAGUUAAGUUCACUUUUUUGUGUCGCCUAGUUUUAAAUAGAUUUUCCAAUUAAAAAUUGUGUCUCUGAAGCGUCAACCAGCGCGGAAA